GUAGUUCCGGGCACUUAACCCAACGGGGGAGAGUCCCGGAUGUUGGCUCGGCCGCCGAGAGAAAGGCAAACGGGAGAAGGCGGAGAGAAGCUGAAGAGGGACGCCACGGCACCGCACGCACACCGGCGAAGCUACGGCGCUUUUUUGCACAGGACGAUAACGUCAAGAGCACAGGACACUCCUGGGGAGCCCCCGCUAGCUGAAUAAGAGGAGGUGGAAGGAAGGGGAGGGGGCAGUUACUGUUAAACUACCGUCAGGAUUACAGAGAGCCACCGUCACAUCAGCUUUCACCCUGAAGUUAACCUACGGAAGACGUCAUGCUCAUGUCUUGAGCUGAGGGAGACUUCAUCCUUAACCUGUCACUCGUCCGUGUUAGUUAUUCCACACCUGGUCCAGCCUCCAUCAGUCACCGAGCACCAACAGCAACCACCACCAACUCCACCUUUUUCCCCAUCCCCCUCCUGCCCAGCCUGCUGUCACCAUGACGUCGGAGCUGGAGAGCAGCCUGACCUCCAUGGAUUGGCUUCCUCAGCUGACCAUGCAGGCGGCCAUCCGCAAGGCAGAUGCCCAGAAUGCACAUGGGCCAGGCAUGGGCAAGAAGAGUACCCUACUGGAUCCUAACACCACAUUGGACCAGGAGGAGGUGCAGCAGCACAAAGACGGAAAGCCGCCCUACAGCUACGCCAGCCUCAUCACGUUUGCCAUCAACAGCUCUCCAAAGAAGAAGAUGACACUGAGCGAGAUCUACCAGUGGAUCUGUGAUAACUUUCCCUACUACAGGGAGGCGGGCAGUGGCUGGAAGAACUCAAUACGGCACAAUCUGUCAUUGAACAAGUGUUUUCUCAAAGUGCCUCGCUCCAAAGAUGACCCAGGAAAGGGCUCUUAUUGGGCCAUCGACACCAACCCAAAGGAGGAUGCCUUGCCUACACGGCCAAAGAAGAGGCCGCGGUCUGGAGAGCGGGCUUCUACGCCGUACAGCCUGGAGUCGGAGUCUUUGGGGAUGGAGUGUAUGAUCUCUGGAAGUGCCUCUCCAACACUGGCAAUCAACACUGUGACUAACAAGGUGGCGUUGUACAACACAGACCAGGAAGGGAGCGAUAGUCCAAGAAGCAGCCUUAACAACAGCCUGUCUGAUCAGAGUCUGGCUUCCGUCAAUCUCAACAGUGUGGGCAGUGUACACAGCUAUACACCGGUGACCAGUCACCCAGAGCCUGUGUCCCAGGCUAUGAGCCUCCAGCAGCCCCCCCAGUCCCAGUACAACAUGCCAGACAGGGACAAGCAGCUCCUGUUCUCUGAAUUUGAAGAUCUCAGUGCCUCCUUUCGCAGCCUUUACAAGUCUGUUUUUGAGCAGUCCUUCAGCCAACAAGGUCUGAUGGGCAUACCGUCAGAUUCCUCCCAGCAGACCCACACCUCCUGCUCCUAUCAGCACUCCCCCAGUGGCAACAUUAGCACUCAGAACAGCAUGUCAAACAACCAACCCAACAGCCACCCCAACAGCCACUCCGCCAACAGUGGCCAGGUGCCCCUGUCCCAUCCUGCCCAAGCCCACCCAGGCCACGGCUCGCCCCACGCACAGCACCUCCCGCAGCACGGCGGACCCCACAGCCAACACGCCCAGCACAGCCAACACAGUCAGCACCCCCAGCACGCUGCGCACUCCCAGCACGGGCAGCACCCAUCGCAGCACUCGUCCCAUGGCCAGCACCCACAGCAACACACGCCACACCCCUCCCAACACACGCAGCACAACCAGCACCCUUCUCAACACGGACAGCAGCAUCAGAGCCUCUCCCACCAGCCCCAUCCUACCCAGCAACAGAUGGCCUGCAACCCAGGUUUACUGUCUGACUGGUACCCAAAUCUGGAUGCACUGAAAGAAAGCUGUCGUAUUGCUAGCAGCUAUAACUGGGCUGAUGUCGACCUUUCACCUUUCCAAGGAUUGAGAGAGAGUAUGAGACAAGCGGAGUUGAACAAUUGGUCCCUGGAACCCACCCAGAUCGCCGACCUCUGCUCAUCCAUCAACCAGUUUUUUGCCCGCACCGGUGUAAUCCAGCCACAGGGGGCAGUGCAGCCUCCUGUUUGUCAUGGCUCCAUGCUCCCCAACAAACCCAGCCAGCACCUAAACACAGGAAAUCUCUACAUGGACACCAGACAGAGCAUGUCCAUGAUGGGUCCUCCAGGAUAUCCCCACAUGCCCCACAACGCAGGACCUACAAUGACAGGACACCAUGCACAGAUGAACCAGCAGCACAUGAUACCUACCAGAAACUUCCAGAUGCAUCGCAUGCCACCUGAUGACAUCCAGGAUGACUUUGAUUGGGACUCCAUUGUCUAGCCCCUAGACCUCCUUUUGCAAAACAAAAGGGAGCGAGGAGAGAAGGUGGAAGCCAGGCUGAGCUGAAAGGCCGCAGGAGGAGGAGGAGGAGGGAGGAGGCCACUGUGGGUGGGAUGCAGAAGAACAUUUGACAUGCUUUGGAGAAAGACAGACUUCAGAGUCCUGACAUUUUUACAAAAGCAAAACAUAACAUAGAAAAUGUUACUUUGAAGACAAUCAUAUUUAGUUGGACAUGUUAAAGUGAUUGCUUACGUACUUGUCUAGAGACAAGUAGAACAUAUUCAUGUCUAAACCACAUGCUCCUCAACUCCUCAGCCAGCCCUCUCCCCGUCCCUAGCCAGCAGCUUUCCAAAGUCCGAACCCCCCCCACCCAAAUCCAUGCUCCGUAACUGUUAUGUGAUUUGAGCGACGUGUUCAGCUUGUAAUUCUUCUCGUGUUGACAUUGGCCUCAGCUGCCUCUUGGAUGAGUUUCUCUCUUUAAAAAAAAAAAAUAAGAAAAAGAAAAAAAAAGUUUUUUUUUAUUUUUGUUUUGGUUUUAAGAAACACAGGCUGAUUCUGUGAGUGAUGUCAUGGUGCUCGUUGGUCACAUUUGGGAUAAAGUGUGGCUGAAUUGUUGGUAAAGUUAGGUUUACAAUAACUUUGAACAGGGUGUUAAAUGUUUAAGCAGGCUUGAUAUUAAACAAACCAAGAGAGAAAGGCAGAGAAAGAGAUGACCGAAAGCAUCGUGAUGUGUUUUCAUAGCCAACCACCGUGAUCAGGCUCACUGCAACAGACUAGUGAUGGGAGUACUGCAACUUUGUUUUUCUUUCUUAAUUCUCUGUUUCAAGCACUUCGAGAUGAGAGAAUAUGAUGGGGUAUGAGAAGAAGGUGAAGGCAGGAAAGUCAAACUUAUUUUUGUCUUUUUACAUUUUUUAAACCCAAAGUAAUCUGAGGUUUUGGUUCUCUGUGUGCAUCAUGUCUGUUAAUAAUUGCUUAACGUGAAAUACUAAACAAAUUCACAUUUUCAAGCUAGUUUUAAUGGUAUGGUUUUUCAUUAGUUUUAGGUGAGUAGCCUAUUGAUCAUUAAACAAGCCACCCUCAUUCAGAGACAAUUAAAUCAUUUGCAUUGCUGUUAUAUUGGUAGGGCCACUAUUAUUGGCUGACCAUCUUAUUACCAAUAUAUUUGUAUGAGCAUAUACAGUAUGUCAGCUAAUAAGCAAUAAAUUACUGUCCAGAAAUGUCAAAGAUAUUUUUGAUAUCUUUGUUCCUAUUACACAGUCGGCCAGAGAGCACGGACAAGUUGAUUUUGAAACAGUUAAUUGUCCCACUCAGCACGUAUCAUGGUCACAAUUUUAGAGAACCUUAAAUGUUAAUAAAAAAACAAAUAUUGGCCGAUCUGUCAUCAUAUGAUCUUUUUAAACCGUUAAAUAUGGGUAUUCAGAAUCAGCCUCAGUAAUCCAGUGUCCGAUGGGCUCUAGUUUGCAAGAACGUUUUCGUUUAAAUGUGCCGUCCAAGUUAGCGGGGGUUUGGUAUUAUUAAAGCUAUAGUCCGACAUUUUGGGAGUUGAGAAGAUAGUAAAUAGUAAAUAUGAAGCUACACUGUAAAAAAGGGGAAACGCGUAUCCUGGCUCUGUCUGAAAGUAACAAAAUCCACCUAAGAGCUCUUCCAAAGCUCACUACUUAAGUCAUAGCUCAUUUGUUUAAUACUGAAGCGUAAAAACAAAUAGUUGUGGUUUUACUGGGGGUUACGUGCCGGACUAUUUCUAUGGCUGGUUGCAGUGACUUCCUGGAGCUAUAAUGUCGUAAUUACUGAGCUUUAGAGGUGCUGGUAGGCUGAUCUUUGUUACAGGUGGACAGAGUCAUAGUAGCCAUUUCUCUGGUUUCAGUCUUUCCCACUGUAAGAGUGGUAUUGAUCUUCUCUUCUAACUCUAUGCAAGAAAGUGUAUUAACAUAUUUCCGUUCCAACAUGCCAAACUAUUUUUCUUCAAACUGUAUGCAAACCAUGUAAUUUAUACUAGUGACAGUAACAAGUGAAACGUAAAGAGCCUGUAUGAAAUUUUGAGAGUAAUGGUUUCAAGCCUCACUGACUUGAAGCAUUGCUAGUAGACUAACAAAUUGUGUUAAAAAUAAAAAAAUGAAAGAAGGCUGUUAAAGAGUGUUAACACUUCUUUAAAUGUUCUAAUACUAAUUCAUUGAUUAAUGAUCAAUAGGAAUGUUUCCAUUUGAAGAGGGCAAAAGAAGUUUAGUUUUACUGCACGUUUCUUUGAUUUGUAAAAUAAGUUUCAUGCCUUUUUCCACAUUUUGUACAUCAAAGUUAGUUUUCAGUGCUCCGCUCAGUGUUUAUUGUCACUUCUGACAUUUCAAAUACGGAGAUAUGAUUCUUUCUUUUACUUGCCCAAUGUUUAGCUGUGAUAGUCCGAUAGCUUCAGACUUUGCUAUUAUACAAUCAUAACAGAAUGAGGUGUGCGUGUGCGUGUGCGUGUGCGUGUGCGUGUGUGUGUGUAUGUGUGUGUUAUUGUAAUUUUAGGACUAUGAUUGAUUGCUCCAAUCAUCUCUAUGCUAUCUAUGAGCACAAAAGCAGAUGCACAGUGAUUAAAGAGUAGAUUUGAGACAUGCUUUUUUUUUGUGUGAAGGGUUUCCAAAGCACAGAACAGGGAGCUCAGCGGUUCUGGAAACCUGUCCUCUGUGUCCUGUAGCAAGUGGCUUCUCAAUCAGACGGGUGCUGAACUUUAGAGACACUAUGUUGAAAAAAGAAAAAAAACGCCCUUUGCACACCUUCUGUUGAUCUUAACUGUUUUUAAGAUGCAAAGCACCUCCUUGAUCUCAAAAGCUACCGUAGUCGCUCACCCACUCAUUCUUUCAUUCUUUCAUUUACUCAGUAAAGCUAUCAGUUGUCACAGUUGACAAUGGACAGAAUUAUUUAUCCUCUCUUUAAUACUGAUAACCUGGUACGGUGCUUCGCAUCUAUAACACUGUGUCCUUGUUUAAAGGAAUAGUUCAACAUUUUGGAAUUUGUUUUUGAAGCUACAGCUAACAUCCAAAUCCAUCUGCAAGUAGCAAGUUUACUAGUAAACCUGUUAAAUCUCAUGUGUUUAUCUGUUAAAAAAACAUUUUACUGUUCUAUUUACUGUACAAACAUCUAACUUUUGGCAAGAAAGUGUAUUUCCCAAGAUGUCAAACUAUUCCUUUAAGAUAAUUUAACAACUAGGGACUCCAAUGGUCACAGUUUUGAUUUCAUGUUUGGAUGACAAUCAUGAUUAUUUUAUUUUUUUUUUUACAAUAUUGGAUAAGGUCUUUGUUAUUGUGAGAAAAGGCACGUUCAAGUCUCACAUUGUCGUUUUAUUGGAUGUUAUGGAACCAGAUGUUUCUACGUUUGAGCACAUAUUAGGUUAUUUGAAACUAGAACCAGUCCAGUUUUAUACUGCAGAUUGUCUGUUAAACUGUCCACAGCUGCACCGUGCAGAUGAAGUCAAAUUCUGUUCUUUCAACUGAUCAACUGCCAUUCAUUUUUAUAUUUUCCUGCCAAUCAUACCUGUCCACUCCUUCUUACCGCUAUGUUUUGUCUGUGUUUGUAUAUCAAAUGUCGGCUGUAUGACGAGGAUUUCAUCGCCUGUGUAUCUCAACUAUGAGUUUUUAAAGUUUUGUUCAACUGCCAGAAUUUCUUAAUCAGUGCUCAGACAGAGUACUCAGUCAGUUGAGUGACCCAAAUCAUGACUCUUUUAGGUGAGUGUGGGCCAAAGGACUGCAACUAAAGACAGCAGUGAAAAAGAGCAUCAGUGUGUUUUCGUUAGGACUCUGUGGACCUACAAUAGAGAACAUCCUGCGAGUCCUUGGUUGGUGUGAAGGAGAAGUGUGUUUCAGCUCUUCCAGGUGAAGAUCGUUAACACACAAGCUACUAUCUGAGCACAGCAGCCCAUUGGGAAAACAAAAGAUUUGAGCAAACAGAUGUGGCUAAAAGGGAAACCGGUGAAGACAACGACUGGAUCACAAUUUUACAUUAUGUGUGGAUGUGUGUGUGGAUGUAUUUGUGUGUUUGCUUGUGUGAGUUUUAGUUAUUCAAAAGACGAUCUAAGUUUUUAAAUACCGCUGGACAUGUACCUGCCAGAGAGAUUACUAUUAUUGGGAGAGAAAAAAAAGAUGAAAACAUAAAAAAGAAAAGCCUUGUUACAAUAUGGGAGAGAACUGCCAACAAGUACUGCUGAUUGGGGCCUAUUUUAUUCAGUGCUGGUGUGUUGUUGUGCUUGUGCAUAUAUGUCUUUUCAAUCAUCCCUUUUUUCCUCUCGGGGGUGGGGUAUCAAGACAGGAGGUGGGUCUUAUUCAUGGAAGAUAGGAGUGAAAAGAAUAGAGUAUUUUGUUAUUGUCCAAUCAGAGGGUGACAGUAUGUAUAUAUCUAUAUUGUAUAUAUCUGAUGAAAAUGCGUUGGCUUUUUGUGUGACACUACCUUUUACCUGUAUUAUGGUUCUACAUUCAGUGUUUCAGUGUUGAUAAUAUAUAUUUGGUUUGUGUUUUAUUUUUCUGUUUUGUUUGAUUUCGUCUUUGUCAUUGCUUGUAUAUUUUUUUUCUCUCCUAUUUGUCCUUUUUUUGUUUAUUGCACGGUUUAUACUUUUUUUGUCCAAUGAGGUGACACAGCUACUCUUUGUAUUCGUUUAGUGCUGUAAAAUAACUCGAAGUGUUAUUAGAAUUGUUGAUACCACCACCCACCCCACCCCUUCCCCUAUAUGCAUGAAUGGCACUUAAAGAAAUAAAAUAUGGUAACUUCACUGUGGAA